GGACCAGCUAUUAUGGUUAACGGAAUAUGUUGUGAUCUGUUGCACUAYAUGUUMUAGAAUUUAUACWUUUUUACCGUCAUGGGCAAUGGGAUGGAUAAGAUCAUUCCAGGGCUAUUUCUUGGGAACUUCAGAGAUGCCAAGGAUGUUGAAAAGCUUGCAGAAAAUAACAUUACACAUGUUGUUUCAAUUCAYGAUAAUGCAAUGCCAUUACUUGAUCACUUAAAGUACAAGUGUGUACAAGCAGCAGAUUCACCAGAUCAGGAACUGCUACCAUUCUUUGAACAGUGCAUUGAUUUUAUUCAUGAAUGCAGGGUCAACAAUGGAUGCUGUCUUGUGCACUGUAUUGCCGGYGUGUCCCGGUCGACAACCAUAGUGGCAGCAUAUCUAAUGACUAUUACUACUCUYAAUUGGCAAGACACACUYCGUGCGAUAAGAGUCAAUAGAGCGGUUGCUAAUCCWAAUUACGGCUUUAAACGUCAACUACAAGAUUUCUUCAACAAACAUGUCCAGGAUGUAAAGCUUAGUUUAAAGUCAAGAUAUCCAGACUUGGACUUCAAUGGGGCAGAUGAUGCAUAUCUUAAGUCCUUACUUGUUAAGGUAGACCAGUCCACAGAGAAUAUGUCAGAUGAAGAUGAUGUUGCAAAUGUUGUGAAUAUGUAUAAAGAAAGGAAUAAAGUCUUACGAGAAAGAACUAAUAAUCAACAGUCUACAGAGGAAAAUUCAUCAAAUGAUAGCUAGUAGAUAAUAUUAACUCAAGUAUAUUUGAAGAAACAAAAUUCCACUAGUUUGACAUAUUUUGUAUUGCAGGUUGAGUUUUGAAAUGAGAAUGAUCAUGUAGUAUGAUUGCUACAUGUGGUAUUCUUCCUCRCUUUUCAGGUUUAAAUGUGAAAAUAUUGUUGUAUUUCUUUAGUGCAGUGUACACAUUUUUUUACAAAAAAUAUUCAAAUCAUUUACAAUACUUGUAUAGCAGCUUCAACUUGAACAGAAUAUUUUUAUCUUGUCAGAUAGCACUGUUUAGUACUAAAUCACUGAUAAUGAGCAAAUGCAAAUUAGGGGCUUUCAAUUGAAAUUGCAAAGAAAAGUGAUUUCUAUAUACCGUGAAACAAACACUGGRUACUUACCAAUGCAAUAGCGGCGUCUUCAUAAGCCCAUGAAACAAAAAUCAAGUAGAUUCCAUUUUUCUGUGUGUCUGCUCUCAAAACGUUACAUAGAUAGAAGUGAUGAGAACAAAAAAAGUACUGUUCUUAUUAUAUAUGUUCUGUGUAUAUAUUAGAGUACAGAUCUCACGCGCGGAAAAUAUGAAAAUCUACACAAGUGGAAGAUAUCGUAUCUUUUACAUCUUUGUUGGCUUAAUAACAUAUUUUACAGCAAAUUCAAUGUAUAUAAUGAUUAUAACAUUACAUGGUCGCUUGRAGAUAAAAAAUAACUUCUCGUGAUUCGGUGCGUACACUCGUGAUAUGUCAAUCGAGCACUCCAGAAAAAAACUCUUAUCUCUACGCGCCCAAGUAAAACCCGAACUUCAUAGUACUUUCAUAGUUUCUUUUUGCUAACAGUUUACUGUAAUAAUUUUUUCUUGUUAAGAUUUUUUGAUAAGUUUGAAAAUAAAACGCACAAACAGGUUUGAAA